UGUAGCUUGUUAUUUACAGAUGGCUUUCUUGAUUGAUAUUAUAUAUUGCUUGAACGUGUGCAUAGCUGACACUAGAACUCGAUGUCUGAGGUUUGAAAGGCGUUUUAUCAAGGCGCUGUACCUGGUUUCGAAAAUUCCUUUUUUUUUUUUCAAGUGCCGGCCACUCAGACGCACAUAUCUUGGACUUCAUCGUGCUUGUUCAGCGUUUCCUUGUCCAACGGGUUUUAGUUAAGUCAGCUGCAGGGAAUUUGGCCGCAGAUUAUCAGCAAGAGGCUUCCUCACAGCGUAUAGAUGCUUUCCUGAAUGAAUUUGGUCCUGGCGUAUGGAAAAUGUUCGCCCACAGACGUGACAAUAUUACACGUCACAAUUUGGCAGCACUGGUUUCUGCUCACAAUUGCAAGUAUUUUCUUGCCUACGUUCCAGAUCAGAUGCUUCUGAGCAACCAUCCUUCCACGGCUGUGGCCGUUUGCACAUCGGCCGGCAACUGGACAUCCAAGUCCGAGUGUGGCCACUAACCCCAGGACCUGCGCAGCAACCCCUCGUCACGGCGAGCUUCGUCUCUGCGAGCUUCGCAUCAAGCGUCCUGAACGCUCAUCAGGUGGUCUUUGUGCAUAUUCUAGAUGGUCUAGCUGGCGAGGGUGGCGCAUGCCUUAGGGAAGUUAACUGUUCAGUUGCACUAGCUAGCGCUCACUAGGGUUGCUUAGCUGUAAGCCCGAGGUUUCGUGGGCAUGGCUUGCGGCCACAUGGGUCUUCUCCGUGCCGGAAUCGAAGAGGACGGGCCACGUGUUGCGGGGUGGCGGCGUAUAGCUUCAGGUUUUAGCUGACAUAAGGCUUAGCUCACACUGCGCAGGCUACAGCUGAUAGCCGUCCUCUACGAGUGCGUCAGGGACAUGGACCCUUCCGAAUGGCCUUGCGACCCGACCCCACUAUUUCGUGACAAGGUAGCCCGGGCGCGUCAGUGCUAUCGAGCGAAAUGUGGAAUCGCGGAAGCAAACGCCAUUCCGAAAUUGCCUCGCCAGCUUUUAGCUAUUGCGGCGACCUUACGUCGCCUACGGUCUGGAGCGGAGCCCGGCCGUGCAGCAGCUACGGUGAGUGGUCCAUUUCUUUGCGGUUCCAGCUGUUCUUUUCCGGUUGUUUACUUUCCUCCUUGCGUCGCAGAUGAUGACCUUGAUCACCACUCGUGCCGUCACCGACCGUCUUAACGCUUUUGCAUUCCCUCGGCGGGGAAGUGUUGCUGGUGGACUGGACUUCGUUCCUCGCCCAGCACUACUCCUGCCAAGUUCUGCACUCCCGUUUUCAACUGCGGUCCACAAGCGUACCCAGCGUGCCCUAGCACGACUCUACGGUCUGCGCUCUAAAAGAUUACUUCGGGCACCAGCAUCACCCGUUCCAUGAGCAACUGCUAUUCCUUGUACAUUCUCUCGCGGACGGCGUCCUGCUGGCAGACUGGACUUGGCUCUUCGCCCGGAACUACUACUGGUUCUGCGGUCCACACCCGUACCCAGCGUGCCCUUACACGACUCUACGGUCUGCGCUCCAAUAGGUUACUUCGGCCACGAGCAUCACCUGUUCCGGGAGCGACUACUACUGCUUCUACAUUCCCUCGCCAGUGGCGUCCUGCUGGCAGACUGGACUUGCCUCCUCGCCCUGCACUACUACUGGUUCUGCACUCCUGUUUUCGACUCCGGUGGGUGCCUAGCACACUCCUGCACAUCGACUCUCCGUUCUGCGCUCCGAAAGAGAUUACUUCGGGCACCAGCAUCACCCGUUCCAUGAGCGACUGCUAUUGCUUCUACGUUCUCUCGCCGACGGCGUCCUGCUGGAAGACUGGACUUAGCCUGGCGCCCUUGCACCUAAUUGUGGUUUCCAGUUUCUGCUGUCGCUUGUGGCGCAAGAGAAAUAUUCCAGCACGCUCAUUUACAAGAAUAUUCCUGGCCUUGCCUCCCGAGCAACCAUCUUCAGCCCGAUCGUCCUGCCGCGUGCUCUAUACGCGGCGUGCACGCCGAUGGCCGCGCCACUGGUGGCGGCCUUGCGCAGAACGCACGGGAGAGGAGCGAGCCGCGCGCCGUAGCACGCCGUAGUUUGUUGCGUCGCUGAUAGUGCUUCUCCGUCUUAUGCGUGUUUUCAGAGCAAAAUAGGCAACACCCUUCGCAUGUGUGGGAUGGCCAAAGCUUCCGAAGAAUGUCGAAGAAGAAUUGUUGCAGGGUGGGGGGCUCAAAUACCGGUGAAAACGUGCCGGCGAUACGGUUCUAAUUAUUCCCCGCAAAGCCUCAUCUGCAGGAGCAACGGUGGCAAUGGAUCGUCGCUUCGGCGCGAAAUUUCUUGUUCUCAUCCUUUCCUUUGUCGUUUCGGUGUUUUUUCUUUUUUAUUGUUAUUUAUUUACUCGAUUGUAGUUAGACGCGUAAGCGACGAAGUUCGUCUGCAGUGCAACAUGCGGUUUAAAGGCAUUUCGCUAAAGUUCGGAAUGCCGUUUGCCGCUUAUAUUGUUUUCCGCUUCUUUACCGCGUUCGGCUAGCUAGGCAGCACGACUGCAUGAGCGCAUUGUGUUGUAUGUUAAAGCUACAGAAGUUUGCAAGAACUGAAAUUGUUAGUUUUAUGUGGCCCGGUAAAUCCUCGCACCAGCUGUCGCGCACUUCAUGUUUUUACAUCUAUUUUAUGUGUGGUUUCGCACAUGUUUAACUGUUGCUAGUUGCUUCAUGCAUAACUCUUGAUUCUUUUGAGCUGCGAGGUUUUCACCCUGCCUCGUUUGUAAAGGGUAUAAAUCACGCUGUGUCUUAUCGGAAUGACACCAAGCAAGUGCUUCUUUAACAGCUUUAUUCAUUUCUCCCGAGGGCAUCUUAGAUAUUGUGGUUUUUUGGGAAAUGUGUUUAGAAAAUAGGUAGCUCAGGGCAAGAAUUGCUAAUAGUUGCUGCAUAUGGUAUUUUUGUUCCAUUUUUCGCUGAUCCAUUUUUCGCUGAAUAGUUCGCGUCACGUUUGGUAAGUCAUGACACCUUGAUGCUGUCUGAGCAGACUUAACACGCCGAGUGGUUUGUUUGUUUCACAACGUAGUCGCUUCUUGCAAGUGAAUUUUGUACUCACUGAAUUAUUUCUUAUUAUGCUUACGCCGCAUAGGACUAAACCCGGCCUUGCCGCCAGCGCUGGAUGUAAUUUGACUGGCGCUGCUCUGCCUUUAAAUAUAUCAUGUGGCACCUGAGUGAGUGAG